GGGGAUCAAGAAGCUGAUCCACAAGCACGGGUGUGUGUGUGCCACCUCCCAGCAGCCUCCCACAGCAACAAGAUGGAUAUCCACGUGUAUUUAAGGCAUCUCAUACCUCUGCCUCUAUACUUUGAGCAGCAGCAGCCAUUACUUGAUCAUCUGAAAAAUCUUAAUCCAGAUCAGACCAAGCAGAGCAGAGAUGUCUGCUACCUUCUCGUCCACCGUCGGAGCUCCGGCUUCUACGCCAACCAGCUUCCUUGGGAAGAAGCUCAAGAAGCAGGUGACCUCGGCCGUGAACUACCAUGGCAAGAGCACCAAGGCCAACAGAUUCACAGUCAUGGCCAAGGAGGUGGACGAGUCAAAGCAGACUGACCAGGACAGGUGGAAGGGCCUCGCCUACGAUAUCUCCGACGACCAGCAGGACAUCACCAGGGGGAAGGGUAUCGUCGACUCGCUCUUCCAGGCGCCCAUGGGCGACGGUACCCACGUGGCCGUCCUCAGCUCCCAAGAGUACAUCAGCCAGGGCCUAAGGAAGUACGACUUCGACAACACCAUGGGAGGCUUCUACAUCGCCCCAGCCUUCAUGGACAAGCUCGUCGUCCACCUCUCCAAGAACUUCAUGACCCUGCCCAACAUCAAGGUGCCACUCAUCUUGGGUAUCUGGGGAGGCAAGGGUCAAGGAAAAUCCUUCCAAUGUGAGCUUGUCUUCGCCAAGAUGGGCAUCAACCCAAUCAUGAUGAGUGCCGGAGAGCUGGAGAGCGGAAACGCCGGAGAGCCAGCCAAGCUGAUCAGGCAGCGGUACCGUGAGGCCGCAGACUUGAUCAAGAAGGGUAAGAUGUGCUGCCUCUUCAUCAACGAUCUCGACGCUGGUGCGGGUCGGAUGGGCGGGACCACCCAGUACACUGUCAACAACCAGAUGGUUAACGCCACCCUGAUGAACAUCGCGGAUGCCCCCACCAACGUGCAGCUCCCUGGGAUGUACAACAAGGAGGAAAACCCCCGUGUGCCCAUCAUCGUCACUGGUAACGAUUUCUCCACGCUCUACGCGCCACUCAUCCGUGACGGUCGUAUGGAGAAGUUCUACUGGGCCCCCACCCGCGAAGACCGUAUCGGUGUAUGCAGGGGUAUCUUCCAAACUGACAACAUCAGCGACGAGUCCGUCAUCAAGAUCGUAGACACCUUCCCAGGCCAAUCCAUCGACUUUUUCGGAGCGCUGCGUGCCCGGGUGUACGACGAUGAGGUGCGCAAGUGGGUCAGCUCAACCGGAAUAGAGAACAUCGGCAAGAAGCUGGUGAACUCGAAGGAUGGACCGGUGUCCUUUGAGCAGCCAAAGAUGACAAUCGAGAAGCUCCUGGAGUACGGCCACAUGCUCGUCCAAGAGCAGGACAAUGUCAAGCGUGUGCAGCUUGCUGACAAGUACAUGAGCGAGGCUGCUCUGGGAGAUGCUAACUCAGAUGCCAUGAAGACUGGUUCCUUCUACGGUUAGAACACUCUUCAUACACACACCAUCUCUAGCUGCAUAGGAGGAGGUAAAGGAGCACAACAAGGUAAUUUGCCCGUCCCAGAAGGUUGCACUGACCGGAAUGCCGAGAACUACGACCCAACAGCAAGGAGUGACGACGGCAGCUGCCUUUACACCUUUUAAGCAUGCCACUUUAAUUAUUCUGAUGUUUCACUCUUUGUACCUAAGUACCGCAUUGCAUCCAAGCAAUUGCUGGGCAUGAAAAGUUUUUGUUCAUAUAUAAAGAUAUUGAGUAUAUUCAUUUGGUGAACAGUAAUAUAUAUAACUACUUAUCCUUGCA